UCGGUAAGUUAUUUUCCGCAUGUAAUGGAUAUCAAAGCAUAUCAGACAAGCAUAUAAACAAGACGAAAACGGUAUUUUUUGGAUAAUUGUUAUAAAUGUUCAGUGAUAAAACUAAUUAACGAACUUGUUUGGUCUAAAAUAUGGAUGGACUGUGUUAUGACAUGUGCCAUGAAGUGUAGUUAUUAUACUGUACCCAACUUCAAAAGCAUUUAUUAUACCUCUAAAGUUAUUAUCAUGGCAUCUUCAUGCAUUGUAUGUUUGGUCAGCCUUGGUUGGUGGCUAUGGUUAUACUCAUCAUUUUUGAUAUCCUACAAGUGGAAAGUUGAUGGGUUAUUUCCAUUAAAUUCAUCAGUAAUAGAUAUAAAAGAUGGAUCUAUGCAUAAACUGUUCAAGAUAGUUCGUAACAAACCUAUAAACAUGGUGAUAUUUUAUACUCCGUGGUCUGGCGCAAGUAUUGCAUCAGUAAAAGAAUUAAAUGCUGCUAGUCAGUUUUUAACCAGUCCUACUGUAGGAUUUAUUUCAAUAAAUUGUUGGGAAGGAACUUGUAGAAAAAUAUUCACAUCUUUUUACUUCCCAAGAAUCUUCUUAUACCAUACAUCAAUACCACCAAUUGAAUAUCUUUUUGAGAUUGACUUCUUUAAUAUUAUAGAUUUUAUCCAAUCUGCUGUUCGACCUUGGUUAUAUAUAGGAAAUGAACAACAGCUAACAAGAUUUUUAAAUAGUGAUAACCAUGUUAUAAGUUUUAUGGACAAAAGUUUUAUUCAAAAUGGAAAUCGUUACACUACAUUUUUUCGUGCUUCUGUUCGUCUCAUAAACAGAGUUAAUAAACCUAAAAUUGGACUUAUUACAGAUCCUGAGUUAGCCGCCCUUGCUGAACUAAAUUUUCAUGGUCAGAUCUGCUCAAGCGGUUUUUUAAGAAACAGAAAGUGCUAUCCAUCAAGUGGAGUAUAUACAGUUGAUGACAUCGUUCAUUGGGUAUCUGUAAACAUCAAACAGGUUGUUUCAGAGUUGACUCCAAAUGCAACAGAUGCAAGUCACUACCUAGAUUUACUAAAACAAACACCUAUUGCUCUUCUGGCUUAUUCCAAUGGAAAUUUAUCCGCUCAGUUUAAGGAUGUUGCAUCAACAUAUUAUAACUGUUCCUGUCCUUUAAAAAAAAGAUAUCUUCGCAAAAAUAAUUUCUCAUGCAAGUACAAUAUUUGCAAAACAUUUUUGAGUCAAGGAAAUAUAUGUACACACUGCCAGUUUUGUUAUGGAGUUUGUAAAUGCAAUUUGUUUAUGUCAUAUCACAUUCCAGUUCUUCAGGAUUCUAGAAAUUGCUUAUCAUAUCGUAUUUCUUCAUAUUUUUUUCUAGACUCUUAUUCAGUAUGUUGUUUUAAGUUGUCAGAUAAUGACUUGUUAAGCUAUACUGCUACUAAACCAAAUGACAAUUAUUCUCAAAAAGAGUUUUCAAUAACUUUUGUUAAGAAAUUGCAAAAUUUAAAUUUGCAGCAGGCUGCAUUUAAAUUACAUUUAGAAGCUGUUUAUAAAAAAAAAAUUAAAAACUUCAAGAAACAUCAUUUGAAAAACUACAACAAACAUAUAAAAAGUUGGAAAUGUGGUUCUGCUGCGCCCUGUUGCAAUUUUAAAAAUAGUUCUUCUUUAGCAAAAUCAUUUAGAGGACUUGCAUGUAAUACCAAUAGAACACUUAGUUUUUAUACAAUGAACUAUGAUAAAUAUAAGUUUAUUCUGAACAAUGUUGGUAUACACCAUACACCCAGUUUGCUAAUUCUUGAUGUGUUGUUAGAAGAAAGCUUUGUAUCCACUAAUCUUUCAUACAAUGUUAUUGUUGACUCAAUUAUGAAUUUUACAAAUGGCCGACUUCAACAAGAUUUUAAAAGCUUAGAUCCAGAGAAAGAAAAAUUACUUCAGUCUGGAAGAGUUACUGAGUUAUUUUCUGAUUCAUUUGAAAAAUUUAUUCUGCAAAGUACCAAGAAUGUGUUUGUUAUGUUUUAUGCAGCAUGGUGUGCUAUAUGUAAAACUGUUAACCUGCAAUUUUUAAAGCUUGCUCACACUUACAAAAGAUCAGAUAUUGUUUUUGCAAGAAUUGAUGGAGAUAAAAAUCCUCUUCCAUGGCAUUAUACAUCAAGUCGCUAUCCAUCAUUUAUACUCUUUCCACAACAUAGAAAAGCUGACUCAAUACAUUAUGGCGAUGAUUUGGAUUUUUCAUCACAAAAUUUUGUAAUGUUUUUAGAAAAAUAUUUGAAUUAAAUAUAAUUUAUGACA